GUUGUGGCUCGCGUGACAGCUGGCGGGAUCAGCUGAUGGGAACUGAAUCAGAACUUCCCGGACAAACUCCCAGUAACGGGAAGAGGACUCACCGGGACGCGGCUGGAGCAGAUUGUGAUCUUGUCUGGACCAAUGUUUUAAGCCUGUCUGACUGAGGGGGUCCGGAGAAGCUGAAUGAUGCUGGCGGCAGGUGGAAGCUCCUCCUCAGCCCUCCAGUUCCGCGGGGGAGCAGUGGCACUGCCGGUAAACCCAGCUGAUGUUCCGGCUCUGGAGAUAAAACUGGGAGCUCUGGUGGUUCUGCUGUCCAUCACUCUGGUGUUUGGAUUUGCUCCACUCUGCAUCGUCCGAGGGACGGGGCGCUGCAGCAUCAACUCAGAUGUCCGCCGCAGGCUGCUCAGCCUGAUCAGCUGUUUUGCCGGAGGCGUCUUCUUGGCCACCUGCCUGUUGGACCUCCUGCCAGACUUCCUGCAAGGAAUCAGGGAAGCCUUCAUUAGUGCUGGGAUCAAACUCCAGUUCCCUCUGCCAGAGUUCAUCGUAGCUAUGGGUUUCUUCCUGGUUCUGGUUCUGGAGCAGAUUGUUCUGGCCUUUAAGGAUCAGCCCUCCUCUCACCAUGAGGAACGUCGGGCUCUUAUGGCGGAUUCAAGUGUCCAGGUAAAUGACGGGGCAGCUCAUCACCACCGCAGGGAGUCAGCGGAUUCCGAAGGCCACUUCCAUGCAGAUCUGGGCUCUCAGUCGGUGUUGCGAGCCUUCAUCCUGGUCUUUUCAUUGUCUCUGCAUUCGGUGUUUGAGGGUUUGGCAGUGGGGCUGCUGGAGGAUGGCGAGGAGGUUCUGGAAAUCUGUCUGGCCCUAAUGAUCCACAAGAGCAUCAUUGCCUUCAGCCUGAGCUUCAAGCUGACUCAGGGCCGGUUGCGACGCUCUGCCGUGUUUGGCUGCCUCCUGCUGUUUGCCAUCAUGUCGCCGUUGGGCAUCGCUCUAGGCAUCGGCCUCACCGAGACCAAGACUUCACCGCAGCAUCAGCUGGCCCGCUGCUCACUGGAGGGGAUGGCCACCGGAACAUUCAUCUACAUCACCUUCAUGGAGAUCCUGCCGCACGAGCUCGCGUCCUCCAGCAACCGCAUCCUGAAGGUGGCCAUGAUGCUGCUUGGAUUUGCCUUGGUCACUGGAGUCCUCUUCAUCAAGCUGUAACCAUGGCAACGUAGAUGGGACCGCUCACAUUCCAGCUUAAACUGUUCCUUUAAUUCUUAUUUAAACUGAUCUGAUAUUAUUAUUGGUUCAUGAGGCAGACACACUCACAUUAGAAUUGCCAUCAAUCAACUGCUUCACUGUUUAUAAAAGGUCUAAACAGCUGAUGAACCCUUUUCCACACCUGGAACCCCUUAGGCCCAGCAUCGCCACCUGCUCGAAGCGAGAAGUCACUCAGAAAACAUCCUAAAAAAGAUCAAAAUAUUAAAUCAAUUAAGAGAACACAAAAAAAAUAGAGACAGAAAGAAAAUGUUCAUUUUUAAUAUUUAUCUUUCCAUCUUUUGGUUUCUACCUGAUCCUACUGAAACUGAAUGGUUUGCAUCACUGUAGAAAAGCUUUAAGUGAAAUUAGUUCACAGUUUGUUUUUGCUUUUGAUUUAUAGAAAUAUUCCACUUGAACCUUUUUGGUUAAUCUAGUUAUGUGUUUGUCAUCUUAUCAGUGAGAACUCCAUUUUGUAAAUGCUAACUACAUUUGUGUUUAUAACUGUAUCGUUGAUACCUUUAUUGAUUUAUUAACAAGUGAAACUAUCAAAUAUAAUUUUAAAGAACUCUUUCUUAUAUUUAUUCGAUCGAGCAGGUGUUGAUAAAACUUUCAAUUCAACUACAUUUCUUGAUUUAUUUAAUUUAAAUUGUUAUUAACCAUAACUCCAAAGCCGGACCGAAACAGUCACCAUCUGGAUUUAACUAAGCAAAAAGGUAGGAGCCUAAUUAACUCAACUAAUGCAACGAGCUGAAACAACCAUGUCAUACACACGCCCUGUGGACUGUCUGUCUAUCCAUUGAUCCAGAGAAACCAGUGAAAACCCACACAACUGCCCACAGAAAGGCCUGCUUCACUUUAAAGAAAAGACAAACACUCGAGAUCUGGCUGCAUAUAUGCUGUUGUGAGUUGUUUUGUUCAUAACAAGUUACUUGCCGGGUUGGAGACUCCUCACUGAGUUUCUACAGUAUGUCUAUCAGAGGAGGGAACGUUUCUACUGAGCUUCUGUCUGAUUUCUGCUGCUGGGCUCGACACCAGAUUCUGAAUUAUUUCUGCAGUGGCUGGACGCCGCCGCCAGAGGGCGUGCGGUAUCGACUCCAAGCAACCAAAGCUCGUUUAAUAACAUGAUGCUUCACUUUGAGUCGCUUAUUAAUCCAUAAAACAACAAAACCUGUUACCAUAGAAACCAUCUGGCACUUUAAUUGAAUGUUUAUCAAAUAAAACCUGAAAUUAUAAAGACAUAAAAAA